CUGCGGCCAGCCUGCCUUAAACAUCUGCUGACCACAGAGCUGACAAGGCCCCCUCUGCACCCUGCAGUCAGCGCUUGCGUCAGCUCCGCCGUAUAUAAAAACAGCUCCGCCGCAUAUAAGAGCCCCCAUACAGCCAAAGCAUCCUCCUCAUCGGCCAGCAAAACAAGAGGUCAAGAGCGCACGCUUCUGCUUAGUUAACACACACACAUUGGCCAGAGAGAGUUUAGCUAGCAGCGAUGCCGGCCAUGGCGCGGGAGGACGAGAGUACGGGGCCGCACUUCCUGGUGGUGACGUACCCGGCCCAGGGCCACAUCAACCCGGCCCGCCACCUGGCCCAGCGCCUCCUGCGGGCCACGCCGGGGGCCCGCGUCACGCUCUCCACCGCCGUCUCCGCCUGCCGCAAGAUGUUCCCUGAAGCCGCCUCCGCCGCCGACAGCGAGCUCGUCGACGGCGCGGGCAUCCGCUACGCGCCAUACUCGGACGGCUACGGCGAGGAGGGGUUCGACCGGGCGAAGGACGACCACACGGCGUACAUGGGCCAGCUGAAGCUCGUCGGGGCCCAAACCUUGGACGCGCUCCUGGCCCGCUUCCGCGACGAGGGCCGGCCCGUCACGCGCGUGGUUUAUACAGUGCUGCUCUCCUGGGUCGCCGACGUGGCACGGGGCCAUGGCGUCCCCGCCGCGCUCUACUGGAUCCAGCCGGCCACCGUCCUCGCCGCCUACUUCCACUACUUCCGCGGCACCGACGGCGUGGACGCCGCCAUCGCCGCAAAGGCCGCCGACCCGUGGGCCGAGGUCCGGCUCCCGGGAAUCACGGCCCAGCUCCGCGUCCGCGACCUCCCUUCCUUCCUCGUCUCCGGCUCCGGCGCCGCCACCGAAGGCGGAAACGACCCGUACGCCUUCGUCCUCGCCGAGUUCCGCGAGCAGCUCGCGGCGCUGGACCGCGAGGAUGACCCGACCGUUCUCGUCAACACCUUCGACGCCAUGGAGCCCGACGCCGUGGCGACGCUCAGGGAGCAUGGGCUGGACGUCGUCCCCGUCGGCCCCCUGCUCUCCUUCCUCGACUCCGCCGGCCCCGGCGCUGAGCCGGCGCCGUCAAACAACAACGACCUGUUCAAGCAGGACGGGAAAGGGUACAUGGCGUGGCUGGACGCGCAGCCCGCGGCUUCCGUGGUGUACAUCUCCUUCGGUUCCAUGUCGGUGAUGAGCGAGCGGCAGGUGGCCGAGGUGGCCCGCGGCAUGGCCGACAGCGGGCGCCCGUUCCUAUGGGUGCUCAGGAAAGACAACCGCGCCGGUGCCGAUGCCGGCGCCGGCAUCGACGUGGGCGACGGCAACGGGAUGGUGGUGGAGUGGUGCGAGCAGGGGAAGGUGCUGGGCCACGCGGCGGUGGGGUGCUUCGUGACGCACUGCGGCUGGAACUCCACCGUGGAGAGCGUCGCCUGCGGGGUGCCGGCCGUCGGCGUGCCGCAGUGGACGGACCAGGGGACCAACGCAUGGCUGCUCGACCGGAUCGGCGUCGGGGUCAGGGCCGCCGUCAGCGAAGACGACGGCGUGCUGGAGGCCGAAGAGCUGCAGCGGUGCCUGGCGUUCGCGGCGUCGGAGCCGGUGCGCGCCCAGGCCGCGCUCUGGAGGGACAAGGCGCGCGCCGCCGCGGCGCGGGGCGGGUCGUCCGAGAGGAACCUCAGGGCCUUCGUCGAGCAAGCCAUCGGCACCGGCAACAACUAGGCCACAUUCGGAUCUCUGGUUGUUCGGGAAUUCCGUGGUUCUGUAAACCAUCGGUAUCGCCGUCCGGUUAAUUAAACUGUUGUUGUUGCGAUAAUGUAGGAGUAUUGGAUGUUAUAUGUACAUCUGCUGAUCUGCAGGUGGCUUAGCAUGUUCCUUUGUGGCUUUGUGUGCGCUUAUAUGAGCAAAGACCGUUCAUCCAAUCACUGUA